UUUCUGGUCCGUACAUAGCGGUAUUUCUCACUUUUCCUGUGCGUGAGUCAACUUAUCGCCAAUGAGCGCAAGUCGCAGCUUGUGCGAGGUUCAGCAGCAGCAGAGGACCUUUUAAGGAACGAAGACAGCGGACAAAAGUUGGAUUAUUACUGUGCGGAGUAGUGCGUGAUCUACUUCUUUUCCCUUCGUUGUUACGUUUCAUUUCAUCAGAGGAAGUUAUGACUUCGGUAUGGAAAAGACUGCAGCGAGUUGGUAAAAAGGCGUCAAAGUUUCAGUUUGUUGCGUCUUACCAGGAACUCUUUUUGGAGUGUACUAAAAAAUGGCAACCAGACAAGCUGAGGGUGGUGUGGACAAGGAGGAACAGACGCAUGGUUUCCAAGCUCCACAGUUGGCAGCCUGGAAUCAAGAACCCGUACAGGGGCAUGGUGGUGUGGCCCGUCCCGGAGAACAUUGACAUUUCUGUUACACUAUUCAAGGAGGCCAAUGCUGAUGAGUUUGAGGACAAAGAGUGGACAUUUGUCAUUGAGGGUGAGAACAAGGGGCAUCGCAAGGUACUGGCAUCAGCGGACAUCAAUCUAAAGAAGUUUGCCAGUCCCACCCCGACCCAGACUGACCUGACACUGACGCUGAAGCCACUGUCUGUCAAAGUGGUGGAGGCCACGCUCAAGCUGUCACUGUCAUGUGUCUUCGUUCGUGAGGGGAAAGCUACUGAUGAAGACAUGCAGAGUCUGGCUAGUCUGAUGAGUGUGAAACCCACCGAUAUCGGCAACCUAGACGACUUCAACGAGAGCGAUGAAGAUGAGGACAAGAAAUCUGUCACUGUUACAGGUUCAACAUUCCCCUUCACCCAGGGAAACAAGGACAAAACAUCUGUUGCCAAGGAAGCAGCUCCAAGCACUCCAAGCCGAGGCGAGGGAUCUCCUCAAAAUAACCGGGCCGUGGCUAAUAUUAAAAUAUCCAACCAGCCGCACAGACCAGCAGCCAUCACAGAAAGCAAAGCUGGACAAGGAAGGAUCAGUCCUGCCCAAUCCCGUUCAGAGCUGAUCAUAGCCCCACCCCCUCCAUGGCCAUUCUCCAGCUGUGAAAGCUCCACCUCCCAGCAGCCCUCCACUAAUGUUGUUGCAGCGUUUAUCACUCCUAAACAGCCAAAUGAUAAGGGGGAAACUGAUUUGAAAAAGCCAACUAAUGAGACGAAAAGUAUAUUUAGCUCCUUAAAGACCGAAAAGCCUCCCCUGGCAAUCCCUGAGUCAGACCCUGACUGUGAUGACAUCAUCUUUGAGUCACUUAACCAGAGACAACAAUCAGGGGCCUUGUUUCUGGAAGAGGAUGACUCUAAGCAGGAUACUAUCAAACGGUGUCCUCCGGGUCUGUGGCAACCUCACACUCUCAUAAACCAAGGUUCAUUGUCAAACAUUGUUGCCCCAGAAAAGAAAAUAUCAGCCACGUGUACUCCACCUGACAUCCCCUCAGGCUGUUCCACAGUUCAGUCCUCUGCUUGGGAUAAACCAAUCACAUUAGAGGUCUUGACCCUGGUGCCACCUCCACAGAGGCUGUGUGAUGCAGAGAUUCCUCUAUGGAAAGUGCUAGAAGUGAGAAGUGGGACAGAUACACCUGAAAAAAUCUCUGCCAAGGAGGGUACAAAACCUUUGUGCAGAGGCCCACACAGAGAAGAUGCAGCUGAGGAGCACCAACCAAAAGAUACAGAAAUACAUCCCAUAGUCUCAGCCCCUGCUCAACCCAAUGUACCACCAGCUGAAGAGGAACCCAAAGAGCCAGAGGGACCCAAAGUGGAACCAGCAACCUCACUCGAGGUUUCCCCCAAACCAAGCAAUGAGCGCACUGCUUUGGCACUGGAGCCACUGCUUCCCUCAAAACCAGAACCAGCACUGCGGGCGGAACCAGUUCUCCCGCCAUCAGGAAAACCCCAACAGGAGGGAGCAGAUGAGGAGAAACCAGUUGACGACAUGUCCAGUGGUCAGGAGAGUCUCAUUGAAAAUAAGGAGCCAGUGUUUGAGGCUGAAAAGCAGCUGUGGGCGACCGUGGAGGAGACCACAGCGGAGGCAGGAGUGGAAAGAGGGAUGGAAAGUAGUGAGAGCACUGAAGAGAAGAAUGAGAAGAAGGAGGAGGAGGAAGAGGGUGGUGUAAUAGGGGGCCUAAAAGGCAAACCAACAGACAUCCCUGAUGGUGGAAAGAAGGAACCGCCAUCGCAACCUGAAGAAACCUCCAACACACAUCCCAGUGAUAAACACACUGACACACACAUCUCCACAAAGCCAGCUGUAGACAUCCCUGACAGCAGCACCACUCCUCCUACCCAUCACUGUGAUGUGAAAACAUCUAGACUCCCUACGUUACAAGAGGAAGAAACCUCUGAUGUUAAAACCCCUGGUCCUGGUCCAGUGGUCAGAGAGGAGGCUGAUGGGAAGGACGACACAACAGAGGCCCUGGUGAACUCCAGCCAGUCGUUGCUCCAGUGGUGUCAGAGCAUCACCAAUGGUUACCAGGGGGUAAAGGUCACCAACUUCAGCACUUCCUGGAGAAACGGCCUGGCCUUCUGCGCCAUCCUGCACAACUUCCAUCCAGAUAAGAUAGAUUUUGACCAGCUGGACUCCCAUGACAUCAAGCUCAACAACAAGAAGGCAUUUGAUGGUUUCGAGGCACUGGGCAUCUCUCGUCUGCUGGAGCCAAGCGACAUGGUUCUUCUGUCUGUCCCUGACAGGCUCAUAGUCAUGACCUACCUCAGCCAGAUUCGCUCGCACUUCACCAACCAGGAGCUGAGUGUGCUGCAGAUAGAGCGCAAUAGCAGCCAAUCCAGCUAUGGCCUUGCCCUCUCUGGUCCCUCUCCCACUAACGUUGAUGCUGCCGCCUUCUGCAUGGCCAGACUGAAUGAAGGAGUAAGUCUAGAAGAAGGAGGGAGCAACACAUUAGUCGUCCCGCCACCGAGAACCAAACGACUGCUUAAAGUGGAUGAGUCAAUAACCCCAGUCCCACCUCCAAGAUCUGCCACAAAGGUAGUUAAAUCUGGACUGGCACAGGAGGAAGAAGCAAAGACUAACUCUACCACUGAAAACACUAAUACAAAGGAGUUGCAGAGUGCAGCUAUGAAUCAGCUUUCAAAACCAGAAGAGGAAACAAUGUGUCUGCAGGACACAAGUCAGUAUGUGCUGAGUGAGAUAGCAGCGUUGGAGACGGAGCAAAAUCAUAUUGAUAGCAGAGCUGCUGUGGUGGAGAGACGACUGCGAAGCCUCAUGGAAACAGGAAGUGACCGUGAUGAAGAGGAGAGGCUGAUUCAGGAGUGGUUCACUCUGGUGAACAAGAAGAAUGCUCUUAUUCGCAGACAGGACAACCUGGAACUACUGCAAGAGGAGCAGGAUCUGGAGAGGAGAUUUGAGCUUCUGACCAGAGAACUACGGGUCAUGAUGGCAAUAGAAGACUGGCAGAAGUCAUCCGCUCAGCAGCAGAGGGAGCAGCUGCUCCUCCAAGAGCUAGUGUCUUUGGUCAACCAAAGGGAUGAGAUCAUAAGAGACAUUGACGCCAAGGAGAGAGGGGCAAUGGAGGAGGAUGAGCGUUUGGAACGUGGCCUGGAGAUGAGGAGAAGAAAAUACAGCAACAAAGACAAAUGUGUCUUACAGUGAGAAGAGAGGAGAAGCACAAACAGCUUUCCCUUUGUUUGUUUUUAAGUGCCUUUACUUUCCUGAAGAACUGUUCAUACAAAACAAGUCCCUGAUGGGCAAGAUAAGAGCUGCAAACUGUCAUCUUUCAAAGUGUUUUUUAUCAAAGUUUCAUUCUUUACAGUUUGUCUUAAAGUAAUAGUAUUAUUUUUAUUUAUUGAAAUGAUGUAUCAAAGUGUUGUACAUCUAUUUGCACAUAUGGUGUUUUGCGUGUUUGUGUGUACUUUCUUCUUAAAGUUUGUUCUGUUUGAACACUGUUUUUUCUUUUUUAAAAAUAGGUUUCCCUUGUCGUGAAAUCAGGCCAAAAUGUGCUAUAUCCUGUCAUUUCAUUUUUAUGGUUAAUAGUUUACAAUUGCUCAUAAUCUGCUUACAUUACGGAAUCUGUGUUUGUGUUACAUUGCCAUUUCAACCCCCCUCCCGAAAAGGUGUUAACAUGCAAAGACAUUUUAGAUAAAGAAUUGCAUUUCGCGUCAUGAGCUGGACUCAAACCCACAAUAUUGUGAGUAGAGGGUACUGUACAUGCUUUCAGUUUCAAGAUGACCACCCACAUCUUCAACAUCACGUUUGAUAAAAGCAGAUAAAAGCAAUUCCACAUAUUGCAGUUUCAUAUUUGGUUGUUUUUUUGCUAGAUGUUGAAUGUGUUCUUCAAUCGUGUGUGCACACGAAGGCUGCUCACAGGUUAAACCUUUUAUUUCUAGUGCCUGGAAUCAACCACAGUAUGUGUGGUUGUGAUGUUCAUACCAGUUUGAUUCACAGAAAUCAACAUUCCCUAAUUUCUGUGAUGUUUGACUACUGCAUGCAUGCUUUUUGUUGUGUGCUGAUGAUUAAGUGGUACUCUGCUUCACAUCACUACUGUAUAGCUGUUACACACUGUGUACCUGAUGUUGCUGUCUGUAUUUAUGAGGUGAAUAUAUGAUGAGGAAGAAUAAAUAGAGUUUGUU